GCGACGCGGGAGAUCUCCCAGCAGCUCACCGAGGGCACCGGCAUGUGGUGGACCUACGCAAACUUCGGCACGAAGUUCCUGGGCGUGGCCAUUGUCGUCGGCCAGAUCUUCUCUUUUGUGGGGAUGGUCAAGAAGAGCAACUAUUACCUGAUCGGCAGGUCCUGGAGCUGCCUCCUUGGCUGGGCCAGCAUCCUGCCCCUGAUGUGCUACCUGCUGCUGACCAGCUGCAGGGCCUCGAGGGGCAGGGGCGACGGCUGCCUGGGCAGGCUCUCCUGCUGGAGCUCCGACGGGCAGCGAGGAUUCAUCUGUGGGGGCACGGGCAUCCUUUUCGCCCUCAUCAUGGUGGUCUUCCUCGUGUGCUACCUGCUCUGGCUGUGCUUCGUGGAGCUGCCCACAUAUUACAGGCGGUUCGGGGAUGAAUACGAGGAGUUGGCGCCGGGCAGCGCCCAGAUCCAGGGCCUCAAGGCCAAGCCGGCCCUCAACGGCGAGGACCUCGGCUUCGUGGACGGGCUGUGGGACGCUCUCACCUUCCGCGUGCCGACGACGGACUGGGACGUCUGGAAGCGCGUCGUGUGGUGGAACACGAUCUGCGCCACCUUCGGCAGCUGGUUCGCGAUCUUCCUCUCCACGGGCCCCUGCCUGCCAGAGAGGGCCUCUGGCGGACGCCGUCCCGCGCAGGUGACCGACCGCGAGACCUGUGGUCUGUUGCGCAUGCGAGUGCGGCCGGGUUUGCUCCCAGCUUCCUGGCAAGGCUCUUGGGGGGCUAAGUACCCCGCUCUGCUUGCUUCUGUAGUUGAUAGGACCAGGGGGCGCGCGGGAGCUGCCGCCUCCGCGCCCCGCGCAGCGCCAACCGCACGGACACGCCUCAAAGUUCAGGCCUUUUUUUUGUGCCACGCGUGGUGUGUAGUUUAG